GGAAACAAGUAGUUUUUGUUUUGAUUUUAAAUUAAUCAGUGUGACACUGGACGAAAAUAAUAUUUGCUAGUUUUUGUGUCCCUGGCAGCGAGAAGAGCGACGGAAGAGAGAAAACAGUUUGCAUCUCCGACAUGGAUAUGUGGACAGACUGGCUGACGCGAGCGGAGGAUCUUGGCGACGAGGUCGUUCGUCGGAGUCGCCUCGUGCUGCCCACUGUGGCGCGUCUCUGCCUGGUGGCCACCUUCUUCGAGGACGCUCUGCGCAUGUGGUGCCAGUGGGGCGACCAGAUAUACUUCCUCCAGCUGCACCUGAACUUCUCAUGGGGCGUGGCCUUCCUGAGCUGUCAGGUCAACCUUUUGGGCCAGCUUGUGGGCUGCGGUCUGGUUCUGUUUCGUGUGUGGACCAAUGUGGCGGUAACACUGCUGGUUGGCCUGGUCCUCUUUCAGUUGCACGUCUAUUCUGUGCCCCUGCAGCUGGAACAGCUGUUGCGGAACUUCUCCCUGCUUGGAGGACUGCUCCUGCUCCUUGUGGAGGCCAAUGAAGCGGCCUCCUGCUGUCGUAUCUAUGGAGCGCGCGCAGGUCUUCCGCUGCUGAAGGAGCCCAGACGAUCGCAGCACCUGAUGCAGUUCACGGGCAGGAUCCUGCUGUCCCUCAUGUAUCUGACAGUGCUUCAGCAGUACUUCGGCCUCGCAGCUGUGGUUCUCAAUAGCUUCGGCCUGCUCCUGAUGACCCUCAUCCUGUUGGGCUAUCGCACGAGGCCAGCGGCCCUGCUCCUGGCCAUUAUCCUGAGCAUUUGGAACAUGAGCGUCAAUGCCUGGUGGUUCGCCGAGGGACUGGAGCGGGACUAUCUGAAGUACAACUGCUUCCACACCCUGUCCGUGGUGGGGGGUCUGCUGAUGGUCGUGGUCCUGGGUCCCGGCGAGGUUUCCCUCGAGCAGUACAAGAAGAACUGGUAAACUGGACAGGGCACCCAGGUGGGAAUUGCCCAACGAACUCCAAAUUGUGUGUGUUGUAUGUGUCUAUCUGUGAGCAGUGCGCUUCAAAAUUUGAAACACAAUUUGUUCAAUUAGAGCUUUUGAGUUGGACGAGAUUAAAGAGUCCUCUUCUCUUUC